AUGGAUGUCACAAAAACUUAUGUGACUAUUUUCGUUGUAGCGAUAUUGACAAUUUCGGUUUUGAUCCAAAUCCAACAAUAUGAUCGUUGCAUUGGGCCAUGUUUGAGAUUUUACGGAAAUCAUCAAUGUUACAAAAACUGUAGAAAGGCGAAGUAUGAUGGAGGACAGUGUGAUUUUGUUAAAAAAGGUGAAAAAUUACCAGAAUGUUGUUGCUAUUAUAACAAAAAUUGA